AGAGAGGGACAUUGGCAACACUGACGAUGCUCCUUUCCAGAUGGUAUCUUCGGUGACUAAUCGCGACUAGCGUGCAUACCACGAAGAGGAGGAGUGUUUUAAACGGCCCGUUUCAUACGACGUGUGAAAUGAACAUUCUUUGAGUCGCGACAAUUCAAAAAGUGAUCAUAGAGAUAUAAUACGAGCUAUAACUUGUAUUAAGAAACCACCAUGACGGAAUACAAGCUCGUGGUAGUUGGAGCUGGAGGUGUUGGAAAAUCAGCGCUCACCAUCCAGCUGAUACAGAAUCAUUUUGUCGACGAAUAUGACCCUACCAUCGAAGACUCAUAUCGAAAACAAGUGGUGAUCGAUGGUGAAACGUGCCUUCUAGAUAUAUUAGACACAGCUGGACAAGAGGAAUAUAGUGCAAUGAGAGAUCAGUAUAUGAGAACAGGAGAAGGAUUCUUGUUAGUGUUUGCCGUGAACUCGGCUAAAAGUUUUGAGGAUAUUGGAACGUAUAGGGAACAAAUAAAACGAGUAAAAGAUGCGGAAGAAGUACCAAUGGUGUUAGUGGGAAAUAAGUGUGAUCUUCAGCAGGCUUGGGCAGUAAACAUGACUCAAGCAAGAGAGGUUGCGCGACAGUACGGAGUGCCAUUUGUAGAAACUUCUGCGAAAACGAGAAUGGGUGUAGAUGAUGCAUUUUAUACCUUGGUUAGAGAAAUACGGAAAGAUAAAGAACGUACAGGUAAACCACCUGGCAGUAGUGGGCACAAGAAACGUCGAUGCUGUAUUUUAUAAAUUUUGAAUAACACCAAUAUACUUUUACUCGACUACUACAACGCUAAAAUAGGAUAUGAAAAGCCUUACAUUAUGUUCACAGUGCACAAACAUUUACAGCUUAUUCUAUAGAAUAUUGUAAUGAAUUGCAAGCACAAUUUUUUCUAUACAUUUCCAUAUUGAGAGAGAACAAAUUACCUAAUAGUACGUUUUUACUAAUGGGCUUAUGUUGCAUAUGAGAAAUGUUUACUUGGCAGCUUGCCAUGCAAUUCCAUUACUGAAGCGUCUAACCCUUGAUUGAAUGAAAGAAUGAUACUUUUAAUUGCAUAUAGUUAAUGUUGGCAUAAAAAGACAUUGAAUUUUAUAUAUAUACAUGCUUUUAUAAUUGCCAAAUUAUAAUUAAUUUGCAAAUGUUACAUACUAAAAUUUUACACUAAUUUGCAUUAACAAGUGUUAGAUUCCGUCGUCUCUACAAUGCAAAAAAGUUUAUUACAAAAUAAAAUAGAUAACAGAAUAUGUAACAUGUAUAUAGUGUUUAUUUUUUAUUUUAUGGAUAUUUAGUUGAUGUAUAUAAUCAAACGUGUUGCACUAAUGGGUUUUAAUCAAACAGCAUAUAUAUUAUAAUAGCAAAAUAAAGUCUAAUCAACGUACGAAUUAUUUUAUAACUUGAAUUAAGUUUUGUAUUAUUGCCAUUUUGUACAUCAAAUACUUGCCAACUAAAACUAUCAUUCUAAAAAAAAACUGAAUCACAGAAACGAUAUCACAAACUUAAUUCAUUAUGUGCUGUGAUUAGAUAUUCUUAAGUGCAUCAAGUUAGUUAAGUGUACUGUGAUUAAGUCUGCAGUUUUUAAAUAGGAUUUUAUUUGAUAAUUAUAUAUAGGGUUUGUAAGAGGGAGAGGGGAAGUGUACGACGUAACUGUAUUUUCUAGUUAAGCAAUUCAUUUUUUGUACAACUUGGAGACAGACAUAAAUUAGAUAACGAGUAUUGUAACUAUACUAAAAUAAACUUGCAUGCCAACUCUAAAUUUGGAUAGGA